AUUAUUCCCAAGGCUUGGCCGGAUGCAGGAGGAGGAAAAGCCCUGGAGAUCUCACACAAGGAGUGGCUGCAAACCCAGCCCAGGGAGCUGCAGGGAGGAAAGAGCCCCCCUGUGCCAGGAAGGUGGCCGGAGAUCCAGCCAGAGCUCAGAGCUGGUGGAGAAGCCUCAUGGCAGGGAGAAGCCUCACAAGUGCUUGGAAUGUGGGAAGGGUUUCAGCCAGAGCUCCAACCUGAUCCAGCACCAAAGGAUCCACACUGGGGAACGGCCCUACGAGUGUGGGGAGUGUGGGAAGAGCUUCAGACAGAGCUCUGGCCUAAUUCAGCACCAGGUGAUCCACACUGGGGUACGGCCCUACAAAUGUGGGGAUUGUUGGAAGAGCUUCAGAGACAGCUCUGACCUGAUCCGGCACCAGAUGAUCCACACUGGCGAAAAGCCCUAUGAAUGUGGGGAAUGUGGGAAGAGCUUCAACCAGAGAUCCCACCUGAACCAGCACCAGAGGAUCCACACUGGGGAACGGCCCUACACCUGCUUGGAAUGUGGGAAGAGCUUUGGGUGGAGCUCAGACCUGAGAAAACACCAGCGCACCCACACUGGGGAGAAGCCCUACGAGUGUCCUGAGUGUGGGAAGAGGUUUCAGAUCAGCUCCACUCUCCUCAGACAUGAGCGGAUUCACACAGAGGAGAAGCCCUUCCGCUGCCCCGACUGUGGGAAAGGCUUCAACCGCAGAUUCGCCCUCGUCUCCCACCGGCGUAUCCACUCCAGGGAGAGGCCCUGAGAGUGUGGGGAGUGUGGGAAGAGCUUCUCCCCAAGCUCAGCCUUGACCAGACACCAACAGAGGCACCACUGAGGGAAGCCCUGUGAGUGCCCUGAGUGUGGGAAGAGCUUCUUGCGCUGCUCCAGCUCCAUCCCCCAUGGGAGGAUUCACAUUGGAUGAUCCCCAGUGACCCCUGUUAGGCAGUGCCCUGGUGAUCUGUGUUGGGAUGACACCUGGCUGGGGGGCUUCACAUCUUCCUGGCUCCCUCUGGGCAUUUGGACGAAUGCAGGGAGCAGAACAUCCAUCAGGAUGUAGACCAACAAUGGGAAUUCCUUGGGGAGAGCAGAUUUUUUGACUUUCAACCCCAGAACAUCUUUUGCGUUCAAUCCUAUCUUCUGGUGGCAUCAAGGAGUUCUGGAUGGUCUUGGAGGUCUUUUCUAACUUCAGGGAUUCCAUGAUUUUAAUUUCCUGUUGCCUAAAGGCGUCUUCCACAGGCAGAUGAUGAAAAAGUAAGGAAAAGACCAAAAUUUUGGAGACAGUUUUUGGAAACUCCACCAAAAAAAGUUCUUCCCUUCCACCCAAGCAGGUGGAAGCUCAGCCGGCACGGACAUGGAAAUAGUUUUCUUUUAAGCUUGAUUUUCUCUUCUUCCCUUUAAAAUAUCCAACACAGGGGUAAAAAUAAAGACAUUGAACUAAGACAUGGGUGUGGUCAUGGCAGAACACAGACAUGGUGGGACAGAGACAUGGAGAGCAACAUGGGGACACAUGGACAUGGAGGGGGACAUAGCCAUUCAUAGGGACAUGGGUGGACACAGGCAUGGAUGGAGAUGUGGGGAACAAUGACAGGGAUGGAAACAGGGUGGGGAGACAGCCAUGGGUGAGGACAUGGUGGGACAUGGCCAGCGACAUGUGGGGACAUGGCCAUGGCCGGUGCCAUGGGGAGAACUUGCGGGGGAUGUGGGGGAUGCUGGGUUUGAGGGAGUUGAGGGUUCCUGGGAGGGACCUGGGGCUUGCUGAGGCCUUUGGGGACCCCAGGCCGAGCGGCUCCAGCUGUGCUGGGAGACCCUGGGGGAGGUUCUGGGGCAGCUGCUCAAGGACCCCCUGACCUGGAGCCCCAGCCGGGCAUUGGGCUCCUGGAAGGGGAUGAACGUCCUUGUCCCCAGGAGGGAAAUCCCAGCACCCCCAGGGUGUCAGGGGCAGCUGAGAGGCCGCAACAGGAGGGGAAAGCCAGACAGAGCUGUUCCCCUCCAAAACUCAAAAAAUCCCAAAUCUCAGGGAUUCCUCCCAGGAAAAACCAUCCAGCAGCUGCCAGAUUUUAGGGGAAGGGGGUAUGUGAUCCCCCAGACUGAGCAAGAGGGACCUGGAUCCCCCAAAACCAAGCAUGAGGGUGAGGGAUGGGGCUGGAGGGACAAUGGCAAAGGGGCAGAACAAUAGGGGAAAAGAGGAGUCAAAGAGAGUGGGGGAGGCAUGGGACCCCAAAAUUGAGUUGGGGGGGAUCUUCAGUUCGGGGGAAUGAUGGGAGAGGGGAGGAAAAGGUGGAGGUGGAACAGAAAAAGGGCAGUUCCAUGGGGAUCCCUUUGUGUUCCCCACUUGAUCCCUGGAGUGAUUCCCUGGGGCUCUGGGGGGAAAUGGCAAAAAGCCGGUACGGUGUUUAGAACCGGGAAUAUUAUAGCGUAAAGCUGGGAAUCAGUGUGGGAACCGGAAUAAAUACAGCGUAAAACUGGGAAUUGGUGGGACAGCCAGCAUGGUGAAAAAACAGAACUUUGCUAAAUAGACAGCAGAAAGUGCUGUGAGGUUUCUGGCCCUGUUUUUGCGGACUGGAAUCACCUAGGAGACCAUGGGAGCUUGGACGUCAGCACCAGAAAACUCCAUAAUGAAGGUACUGAUUUUCUUCUUUAAAAGGAGAGGGGUUGAUUACAAUGAAUGAGCCCUACAAGCUUUGUUCACACGGUGUGAAAGCCAUCAGCUGGAUGUAUCAGAAGUGGCCGUUUUAGAUUUGCCCUUUUGGCAGGGAGCUGGACAAUAUAUAUUUGCAGCAGCCUCUAAUGCUGAGGACACAGCCAUGGGUGUUAUAAAGCCUUG